GUGACCGACUGCCAUUAUGCUAAGUUUAGAAAAUGUCUCACGCGAUUUAGGGGGGUUUCUCCCUCUCAUGUGAUAUUUUCUCUUCAUAAAAUGCCCGGCCCUGUCGAAAGAUGGCUGGAGACUUUUAUGUGUAAACAAUAUGCCGACACUUUUGAAGCAUAUGGAUUUAAAACACUGCAGUCCGUAUGUCAGCUACAGCAUCCACAACUCCAAGCUAUGGGUGUUGCGCAGGAACACUGUGAGAAGAUACUAGAGAAUGUGCAUGUAUUAAGACAGACUAUAUAUGGGCAACUGAGUCAGAAUCAUUACCAUGAAGAGAUGUAUCCCCCUGGAGGUGGCGGGCGCAUGCCUGGGGUUGUGGCUGGGGCUGGGGCUGGCCCCCCGGGCUAUCAAAGCCAAAACUCUCAGCAAAUGCCAACAAUGCCACAACAGAACAUGGCCAACUACCAGAACCAAGGGGCCGCAAACUAUGACAACAGGGGUCAAAGGGUUCCUAGCAUGCAUGGGCAGUAUACAGAUGGUAUGUACAGUCGAGGACACAGCCAGACUGCCCAACACUACAUGGCUCAGUCCUAUGGGGGACUACCAGGAUCAGGGUCAGUCAGCCAGGGACCCUAUGGCCCUGGUCAGUACGGUCAGAUGUCCAGUGGAUACGGACCUAUGACGAGUGGUCGUAACUACGGAUCAGGUAGUAUGCCACACUCAGGACGCCAACAACAACAACAACAACAACAACAACAGCAACAACAGCAACAGCAGCAACAACAACAACAACAGCAACAACAGCAGCAGCAACAGCAGCAGAAUCAUCAACAGCAAGCACAGCCACAACAAAGUGGCCAUGUUCCUUCCCACAUGAUGCACAGUGGUGGCCAGGUACAAAGUCCACAGGAUGUGGCUAAUUCCAUCCUUCAAAUGACGGCAGCCUAUCAACCUAAUCAGACAGUGCAAGUUCCAUUGUCUAAAAAUCGCCAUGCGCCAUAUCAUGUGCCCAACUCCCCUCACUAUGUUAUGCCUAACCAGGGAAACAGUCCCACUCACCAGCAACAACAGCAGCUCCAGGGGCCACAAGGGGGGCAUCAGUUCAUGUAUCCCAGCUCUUCCCCUCAUCAUUCGCACCCCGCCAGGACCUCACCCAUCAGUCCUAGCCCUGGCUACAUCCACAGCCCUGCCUCUCAUCACAGUAACCAAAGCCUGCCUAACUCCAGUCCGCGUUCCAUACAGAGUCCAACCCAACACCCAGGGAGUGCAGGGGGCAGCGUCAAGUCUCCUGUACCACCACAAUCCCCAAUUGGGGGCCUCAAGUCACCAUGUGCCAUGCAGUCUCCUAUGAAUGCUGGGCGAAGUAUAUGUUCUCCUACUCCUGUAAACCAGCAGCUGCAUGUAUCUGUUUCCAAUCAGAACUUAUUACCAUACGCAGGACAGUCACCAACACAACAGAAGAACCUCAGCUGUUACUCUCCAAAAACAAACCCGAUCAGUCCACCUGCUAGUCAGAUCAGCUCUCCUUUCACGCCGCAGUCUAAAUCUUCCAUUCACAGUCCACCUCAGCAGGAUCCUUACACCAGCCCCCACCAUACAAGGGAGUACAUUAGCGAUGGCUCCCAGGAUCCCAGGGACCAAGGCCCUGUCACGGGAGGCAAUAAUCCACUCUUGUCGCUACAGAAGUUGUGCAUGCUGCCAGAGAAACAGGUGAUUGACCCCAAAAGUGUAGUUAACGAUGCAUGUCUUCCAUCACCACAAUCACAUGACAACUCAAAAAACUUGGAUACCAAUGCUGACUCACAGGGUUCAGGAGGUCAAGACAGUUCCCAGAGUGAGAGUAGGUGUGGGUCAGCAUUGGGUUCAAGUCAGUCCAGUCGGUGUGUUGAUGGCAAACAUUGCAAUGAGGCAGAUGAGAUUUCUGCUACAGCCACUGAUGAAAAUAAACCUCCACGAUGUGAUCAAGCAGGUCAGUGCUCAGGAGACUCUCCGACCCCUGAAGACAAAGAGCAAGCUCCCAAAGAUAGUGAUAAAGCCAGCUUUGUUUCUUCAGAUCUCCCUAGUGACCAACCAAUUUCCCCUCCUCCUCUCAUUGCCAAUUCAGACAUGAUCGGUAAACGCGAGUGUUCAGAAGAUGAAGAAACUGUGAAAGUAAACAGCCAUGUAAAGAUCAUGACCUGUCAGCAAGCUAUAAUCAAUGGGAACAUUCAGGCGGAUUUGACCUCGUCCUUUAUGUCACAGAAAAGUGCCCUGACCGAUGAAGUUCUUGAGGAGAUGAAAAGCCAGGAAAUUGGUGAGCACCUCCUAAAACACAGGCGAUCACCAAACAGUGUCCUUAGCAGAGCUCGAUCACUCACCUGUGAUGUUAAGCUUGUCUAUUCCGAUGAUUGUGUUCUAAAUGGCAGUGACAAAAUCAUGGACAAAUUGAAACUUCCCAAUCACACAAAAAUCAAACUAAACAGACAAACAAAUGAUACUGGAGAAGACAUGUGCAUCAAGCUGGAGAAAUGUGGACGCAUCUGUGAUAAACUUGAGACGAGUGAGAAUGCAAGUGUUGAAUCAGCUUCUUCGGAGCCUGCUGAAAAUGAAUUAAAAGUGGAGGAUUUGAAUAACGUUGAGAAUAACACACCUGAAGAAACGUCUGAGGACGUAGAUUCCAAGACUGACCUCAUUUCCUCUUUUGGGAAUGGUGUUGCUUUGAAUAGGGAUAAAAGUGAGAAUCUGUCCAAAAACAGACUUAAUUCCAGGAGAACGCAGCCGGAGCGGACAAUGUCUUUACGAGAGGUGCCUGCUCGUUUGGCCAAUAACGCUGCCUACUACAACAAUUACAGUGAUUCUGACAGCAAUGACGGGGGCAUACUCAUGGUAAGAAAAGACACUAAAGUAACUUAUAGUAAAAUCACGGGAAAUAGUAUACUGAAUGGGAUUCAAAGUCCAGACAUUUUAUCGUUAGAGGAGAGCUCUGAGGAGGAGGAAGAUGAUGCGUGUAAGAUUGAACCAGAUUUUGGUCACAGUAUCACUGACACAAAGACUGGUAAUACCCACUUGAAAUGCCAUAACACAGGCGUGUCGAGUGACGAGAUUGAUGGGGUCGGCAAGUCCAAAGACUUUCCAGCUAAAGACGGUUUAUCAAAACCACCACCAUCUGACAAGUUGAAGCCAGAAAAUCCUGGCACAUUUAAUGAGAGCAAACACAUCCCUGUCAUGGACAACCUCUUCAAACAGUCACGAAAGGAAAAAUCGCGCAAACUAAUGGAAGACUUUGUUGAUAUGGUUUCUGAUGACGAUGAUGCGGGUCAUGUCUUAAAUUUGGCCAGUAUUAAAAAGAAUAAUAGUAAAAGACCUUCAGACAGUGUAAAGACAUUUUCUCAAAACAAUAUGAAAAAGAAAACAGCUAUUAAGAACAGUCCUGCAACAACUGAAAGUAGUAGUUCAGAGAUGCAAACAUCUAAGAGAAAAAGACGUCCCAGAAUGUCCCCGUUGAAGUAUGCAGGAGAUAUGUAUUACGGAGGAGACUAUAUUCUCGAUUCUGAUGAGGAAAUAGAGGUGGAGGUAAAGAGUAAAAAGACACGUAAACCAAGCGGGAAUCCUUCCGAGAAAAAUAAAACUGUCAAACCGGUUGUGGUGUUAGGUUCGGAUGAGGAAUUGUCAGAGGACAGUGACAAAAGAAUUACACAGUUAAGUGUUAAUUGUACAAAGGAAAGUACUGCUGUAUCUAAUACCGCACGUGUGGUCUCUUCCACACCCUCCUGCUCUUCUGGACUCUCCUCUAAUCCUCAUAAUUCUCCAAUGAUAAAAAUAGAAAAGCUUACAGAAAAUAUUCAAGAGCACGACAGCAAAACAAACUGUAGUGUUAAAAAGGAGAGCCCAAAAACAAGCUUUACUGUCAAAAAAGAGCACUCUGAGAAAAACAGUGAUGUGUUUCCUAAUAAAUCUUCCACCACUAAAAAACGUAGUGGAAGACCCCAAGGGUCCAGAAGUAGUAAGGGGAAACUUAAAAAGUUAGAAAAAUCUAAAUCUAAAGGAGGAUAUCAAAAUGAGGAUGACAUUGAGGAUGUCCAACUUAAAAGAACAUUGGCCUUAAUGAAAAAGAAACACAAGAAAAAGCCAACGGCGAACAGAGAAAAUACGGUGGGUCCCUUUAUUCGGUUGGAGGGCCCGCAAGAUAACCCAAGUAAGUGUUCAGUUGUAAAUCAACUCGAAAGUGAUAUGCAAGUAGACUCGAAAUCGAGCAAGCAUAAGAAACGAUCUACUGCAGUGGCAGUUUCGACAGUGCAUAUAUCACGGCUCCCAACGGAGAAGUCGGUUCUGGUCCCUGGCAGUUCGGUGAUGGACGAGACGACCUGGGUUUGUGCUUUGUGUAGGAAACACAGUAGUUAUAAAUUCCUGGGAGAUCUGUUUGGACCUUACUACACGGAGGGCAAUCUACCAUUGCCCAAAGUGCAGGAGGGUCCUAUGCAGGAUGGUAGUGGGACAAAAUCUAAAAAACGAAAGUCUGAGGACAAUACAUUCUGUGAUGGUGCUGAUAAAUCAAAGAGGUCAAAGUGCAAGAAGUCGGACAGUGGAUCCUUGAGGGUACCAAGGGAAGUGUGGGUCCACGAGGAUUGUCUUGCUUGGGCUGAUGGGGUAUUACUCAUAGGACAGAAAGUGUAUGGCUUAGAGGAGGCUACACAGAUAGCAUCGUCUAUGGUGUGUUCAGUGUGUAAGGAAUCAGGUGCUAUGGUGGGCUGUCUACACAAGGGCUGCUCACAAAAAUACCACUUCUAUUGUGCUAUCGAAACAGGAUGUAGUUUAGAAGAAGAGAAUUUCUCCCUAUGGUGUCCAAAACACAAGGUUAAGAAGAAGUAUAAAGCUGCAGAUUCCUCUAUGUCCAAGACAUGACACCUCGACUCAUUAGUCGUCAGUAUGAAUCCCAAACACUUGCCGAUGGACUUCAGCCCCAAGAGCCACAUUGGGUAAUGUCCGGCCACAAGGGGGCAAGAGAAGUGAUGCAAGGACUGACCAGAACCUGGUCAAGACUACUGACCACCCAGCAGAGACAGUAGCCUUAGAAAGCAAUAUCUAAAUCUAGCUGUUUUGCUUUGUUUAAGAAAAAGGACAGUGACAAAAGCUUUGUAAAGAAAUGGUUCAACUGGGUCAAAAUCUCGAGAUAGCCAGAAGGAUUAAACACGAACUGUGACAUCGCUUUAAGGAUACUUGUUAAACAUGAAGUACAAGACUUUUUAUCUUUCACAUUAUCAGAGAAUUUUUGUAAUUUUUCAUGAAAAUCUACUUCUAAAUUACAAUCAACCUGAAAUAUGAAAAAUUUACUGACCAUUAGACUUUAAUAUUUCACAUGGUCAUCACCUUUUGUCGGGGAAAUAAUGUCAGGAAAUUUUCUUGACGCCAAAGUCUAAAAGACAGUGUUGAUAAGCAAUUUGUAAAAACUACACUAAGACAUAUUUUACAGGGUCUAAAACUUUUUUCUGCAGGUCUCAAAUUCAAAUCUUUUUUGUAAACAAGCUACAAAAUAUGUUGAACCUGCUACCUAUAUGAAUACUGCAUUAUAAAUGAGACUUAAAUCUUGCACAUUGUCAAAGACUUUUUGCGGGGAUUUAAUAUCAGAAACUAGACAUUAAAAUAAGUUACAAAGGUACUUUCUUCAGAAACAAUGGCCAAGAUAUUGAAUAGAAACACCAGACAGAAUCUACAGAAGUAUGGAGGAGUCAGAAAAUACAUAAUCAAGAUACAUUUAUCAUGUUUACAUAUUAACAAGCUGGAAGCUUUUCAUGAAUGCAAGAUUGAGAAGUUUAAGGCCAUAAGAAUGUAGACGAUAUGAGUUAUGUCCCUUGACUAAGAUAGGGUAAUGUCCCUUUGUUGGAUCUGUUUAGUAUCUUUUAUAUUGAAAUCUAUAACCGAGGAAGAGAAUGAUUAAUAACUGUUAUAUUUUUAAGACUCUAGUCAAAUGUGGUGUUAACUGUUCGUUCCCAUUUGUGAGUACCAUAGUAGUUGUUUCUCUAUGUGAAAAGAUAUAUGAUACUAGUAGUACCAAUCUGAAUGAAAUACAAAGCCUGCGUGAUUGUUUAAGAUCAAGAUUAUAUGUACAAAGUCUGGUAUCAUCUUGCACUUUAAAACAACAUUUCCGCCUUUCUUUACAAGUUUUAAGAAAUCUUAGAUGCAUUCCUGAUACAUUGAAAGAUUUUUAUGGAUUUUAUAGUAAUACAUGUAAUGAGAAAAGUCUAUCACUUAAAACAAUUUAUAAAAACUUUCACUUAAAUGCAUUGCAGAAACAAGGCUACUGGAAAAAGGAAUUAUGAUACACCUGCUCAAUUCUAGUACCCCUCCAAUGUAACAUUUAGUCUUUGUUAUGCAAAGCGCAUUCCUAGCUGGUUGAUCUUUCAGAUGCUGUGUGAGUGAAGAUAGAGCAGGCCAUGUGUUGGGGGUGGAAACCUACUGAUAAGUCAUGUCGGCAAUAUUUUAAGUACGUUCGAUCGCUUUAGAUCGCUUGAUCUAUGCGUUUCAUUCAGAUUGUAAAUUUACAUCCAGCUAAGGAUGAGCUGAUUUGAUUAAGUAUUACACUUGUGUUACUACAAUAGAACCUUGUUUGUGUGGACAUUUUCCUUUAAAGAAUGCACUUGAUAUUAUUUUUUGGAAGUUUAAUCAGAAAAAAUAGUAAAUCAGUUUAAGAGCAAGUUAACAAAAGAGGAAAACUCUGGUGUCCAGAUUAACAAGGUUCAAUACAUCUAUUACAAUGUUGUAACCAUUGUUGUGAAAAAAGUAUUUUUGUAUUUGGGAAACCAACUCGUAUUGUUAAAUCUAGUGUGUUCACAGUUACGGUCAAAGUAAGGAAAUAGAUUUGUCAUUUUAAAAACUAUGUAUGGUCAAGCUCCUAUAUUUGGUGAAGAAAGAUUUUCCUGAAAUUUUGUUUGUAUUGAAGUGCAAGUUUAUUAUUUUCCAUUUUAAUUAGGUUAGAUGAAACUUCUAAUUAUUUGCUAUUACAGCAUUUACUUCAACCAUAUGUAUUUUCCUUCACUUUUAUUUCUCCUUAAGUGACUGUCAAAUUGUUGUUGCUUUUUUUUCUAUUUAACGAAUCUCCAAUAUACCCAAAGUUUCUUACUGCAUUGACAUAUUAAUCUUCAAUUAUACAAGAUAAAGAAGUGGUCUAUUUUAGAAACUUAAGUCUUAACCAUAUUAUUAAGCCUACACUACGAAUCUACAGUAAAAAAAAAUGGUUGUUGGAGCCCUUAUUAAUCCCUUACCACUACUAGAGAGGCCUAGAAUUUUACACUCUGCCAGUCAAUCUGUUAGUGUGUCGAAUGGUCUUUUUUACAGACAAUUGCCAAAUUUUGUUUAUUGAGUAACUCAUUGCAUAGCAGAGUGUUGCAUACCACAAUCUUGUGCCCAAUUUUAUGCAGAGUUAUCGCCCUUUAUUUACCAUGCAUUACCUUGUCUGGGGCAUUGUUCAUGCAAUGUCGCAUAUAAUGCCAAAUAUUUAAAUACUGCACUGAAAUAGGGUCUUGUGCUCCACUCUCCACAGAGGUAUGGCCCUUUGUCCAUUUUUGUCCAGAAAUGGGUUUUAUGGAUUGUUCACAAUAUAAUUAUCUGCAUUAUUUAAAUUGUUAGACAAUAUUCUCCAUUAUUUAUGAUCAAAAAUAUUUUGUGCUCUGUAUGAUCAGAAAAAGGUUUGUUUUCAAUUAUUUACCUUCAUUCAGUAAUGCUGAAUCUAAAUCAUUGUUACAUUUUACUAUUCAGUCACAAAUUGAAAUUUCCAUUGAUGAGAUUACAAAAAGUGGACCAGAAUCAUAAAAUGUUUGUAACAUCAUUUGAAUUUUUUUUUAUGAACCUGGAGUUUGUUUUUUUUUAUUUGAUUUUCCUUUAAAAUGCUGGUUUGUAUGUGCAGUAGAUAUCCUGCCAUAAGAAAAGUGUUCAGCAAUUAAUGUUGUUGAGAAUUUCUCAAUUAAUGAAGUUUUUGAAAACUGCUAAUUUAUGUUUUGGCACUAAAAUAUCUAUUAGUUAAUUACAUUUAAGCAAAUGUUUUUUUCUGAAAAAUCUAUACAUAUAUAAUAAAAAAACAACCAAUCUUUAAUUUAUUUCAGAAUGCAGGAAAAUAAAGGUUGUCUAGCUAAGAGUUCUGAUAAGUAUUAUUGCUAAAGGGCAAUUUCCACUGUUCCUUGAUGUCCCAACUGUAAGCAGACCAAUUGAAUUACAAUUUGGUUUCAUGACUAUUAAAGCAGAUCCUUAUUUUACAAAUUUGAUAGAAGGGAGGUAACUCCUUACCAUUUUUUGUAUUUCAGCAAUAAAUAGGCUCAUUACAAAAUAACAGAUUAUAAGGAAGUUAAAAUUAUGUGUUGAUGACAGUUGUAGUUUCAUUGUGUAAUCAUUAACUAUUGUUCCCCCAUCAAAGUGAUCAUCAUACAGUAGCAUACUCGGUUCUAUAUCAUCCUUGUAAGUUGGUCGAAACAUACUACUCCCUGGAGCAGAAACAAACUGAUAGGGCACAACAUUCAAACAGGAAAAGUGUGAAGCUUUCGCACAAGAACUUGUAGUAGAACAAAUGUAUUGUAUCAUUUUUUUAGCAGGUCUUCAAUUAUCAUAUUCUUAACCAUAUUCAUUCCAUAUGGACGAACUAAUAAUUACAAAAUUUAUUUAGAUCAUUCAAAAUGAAUCUAAGUGGAAUCUUUCAGGGAAUUUAAAGUUCACACCAAAGCUGUAAUGAUAAAACAGAUUUUGAGACAAUUUUUAUUUAAUUUUCCCUUUUGAGAGUCGAGAAAUUGAAGCCUGUAUCAGCCCUAUGUGGUCAGCGGGGCUUAAGAACUGUCUGUGUUCUAUUUAUCCUGCUUUUAAGCCUAUAAAUAAAUGUACUUAUACAUGUAUACAAUGCUGUAGAUUGGAGAAUGUGCAUGUCAGCUAUAUUUUUCUGAUUCUCUAAGAAAUAGAUUUUUCAUGGCUACGAGCUUUACGCAACAUCAGACAAUAUUUCCAUUAUAUGGUGAAAGUACUGGAGGUGUAUGAGUGGUCAUGAUUAUAAGUGAUUUGUGUCAUUUUAAGACGGACGUCUUAUAAACUUUGUACAGUUUUCCUUUUUUUAUGAAAAUAAAAAGAGAAAUAAAAUUAUUUCAUUACA